AUGGCUAGCCAAAGAAAGUCGCACGUCUUCCGGGUGACAGGUCUAUCGAGGGAACUGCGUGAUGGGGAACUAAAGACAGCAUUGCAAGAGGCACUCAACGACAACUUCACGGACGACGAGAGAUCGCAGAUCAAGACUGAGAUCACAAUCGUGCCUUCAUGCUAUGAGAGUGACACACAGAGGGUGGCGCUGGUCCAGUUUCGCGGUGAGGUGCCUCGCUUCCUUCAUGAGCUGAGAGUCGACCCUCUUGGAGACUGGCAGGUCGAGAUGGGAGACAAUGACAUCAACUUUGACUGCCACUUCUUUGGAUUUACCCAGCUCUACACGCCGGAGGAAAAUGGGCCAGUGGUUGCCGACAUCAUUGCCAUUGCCGGACUGGACGGACAUGCGUAUGGAUCGUGGCAGGGCAGAGGGAAUCUCGGUCGGAUGUGGCUCCGCGACUUCCUGUCAAAGGAUCUUCCGCAGUGUCGCACCAUGAUCUACGGGUACAACUCCAGGCUAUUGAGCCGCGGAGUUGAUACGAUCCUCGACUACGGACGGGAGCUGAUGGAGGAGAUCAAGAAGAUUCGGAACACGAAGGAGCUCCAGCAGAGACCUAUGAUAUUCAUUGCACACAGCUUUGGAGGCAUAAUCUUGGCUCACUGCCUGGUCAGGGCCAUCCAGACAAUGGAGGAAGACCACUCAGCGAUCACGUCGCUGCAUCGAGCCACGUACGGCAUGAUCCUCUUUGCCAUCCCCCAUAAAGGAUUGGUGAUGGACGAUAUCCAGCAGAUGCUAGCAGGGGACAAGAGCCAUCCGCGAGAGCAACUACUGCACCAGAUUUCCAGCAAAUCGGAUGUCCUAAUCCAUCAACUAGCCGACUUCAAAAAUCUGAUCCGGGACCGUAAGGUGGUCAGCUUCUACGAGACGGAGCAGACAAGGCGGUUGGUAUUGGUUCGUUUUGGUCUUUGCCUGAAACAGGCUAUGACACGCACUGACGAUCACAAUAGGACUCGGAAAGCGGACGAUGGAAACGCACGGGGGGAUUUUAUGACGACGGUUGGCGCAGACUCAGCUCUGCUCCAGCUCCCCGAUCACGUAGAGGACAAGGUGCCGCUGCAUGCAGAUCACUCGAUGGUGGUCAAAUUCGACACGCGCAACGCGGCUGGGUAUCGAACAGCGCUCGAUAAACUGCGCCAGUUCUCAAAGGACGCGCUAUCGGUGGUGGCGGCUCGGUUUGCGCAGGUGCGUCUGAAGCCCCAACCGUGCUCCACGGUGCCUUUUAAGAAAGACCCGAUGUUUGUGGGCCGUGAAUCUGUGAUCAGUGCGAUCAAAGAAAAACAUGGGGCGAUCGGCCAGCGCCACGAGCGGGUGGCAUUAGUGGGGCUGGCCGGCAUUGGAAAAACCCAGACAGCCAUCGAGUAUUCCUAUCGCGUGCGAGAAUCCACAUCGGAUACGUGGGUGUUCUGGAUCCACGCCAGCAAUACGGCGCGGUUUGAACAGGGCUACCGGCAGAUUGCCGCAGUUACGGAGAUUCCGGGACGGGACGACCCGAGGACGAACCUCCUCCAGCUCGUGUAUCAGUGGCUGUGUGAUGCAUGCAAUGGGCGCUGGCUGAUAGUGCUAGAUAAUGCAGAUGACGAUAGUGUCUUUUUCGGUGGCCAUACAUCCAAUGAACGAGGGCCACUGGUGAGCUUCCUACCCCAGGCCGCGCAUGGAUCAAUGCUGAUCACAUCGCGAAAUGGUCUUGCGGCACGGAAUCUGGUGGGGAAUGAUGGUCAUGUGAUCAUGGUUCAGCCAAUGAACGAGGAAGAGUCCCUCGCCCUUUUACGGGCAAGGAUCCCGGUCCCCCAAUCUGGAGAGUCUGGAGAUGACGAGAAGGCAUUGGUCCAGGCACUAGAAUAUAUUCCGCUAGCAAUCACCCAGGCGGGGUCCUAUAUCGCCAACCGGUUGCCCCUAAUUACUGUUUCCGCUUACCUUCGACUUUUCCAUGAAAGCGAGCCGAAGCGAACCCGGCUUCUCCAGAAUGAGGAUUCCACGGAUCUUCGACGAGAUCCCAGCAUUCGGUAUGCGGUGGUCACAACUUGGCAGCUAUCAUCUGAGCAGAUCCGUCAGGAGCGGCCGGCGGCGACUGAGCUCUUGGCGUUGAUGAGUAUGUUCGAUCGGCAAGGAAUCCCCGAAGAUCUGGUGCGCGACUCUGAUCAGGACAUCUUGGACUUUCAUGAUGCAUUGGCGCCGCUGCUCAGAUACUCCCUGGUCCGACUGGAAUUGAACAAACGAUUGUUUGACAUGCACCGGCUUGUGCAAUUAUCGGUUCGGGCGUGGCUGGACAGGCACCAGCAGCUCCAGCCCUGGCAGGCCAAAGCACGAGGGAUUAUGGCGCGGGUAUUUCCAGAUGGCAACUACGAAAACUGGACACAAUGUCGAGCGCUCCUUGCGCAUGCCAAAAGUGUGCUGACACCUAUCAAGGACGUAGAUGAUGACGAUCGAUUAAAUGCUGCCGCCCUGUCAUCUCAUUGUGGGUGGUUUCUAAAUCUUCAAGGAGCAUAUGAAGAGGCGGAGUCGAUGCAUCGACGGGCAUUGGAAGCACGAGAGAAGAUGCUUGAACGUGAGCAUCCUGACACGCUCAGCAGUGUCAACAACCUUGGCCGUGUGCUCUCCAGCCAAGGGAAAUAUGAAGAGGCGGAAGCGAUGCAUCGACGGGCGUUGGAAGCACGAGAGAGGAUGCUUGGAGGCGAGCAUCCUGACACGCUCAGCAGUAUCAACAACCUUGGCCGUGUGAUCUCCAGUCAAGGGAAAUAUGAAGAGGCGGAGUCGAUGCAUCGACGGGCAUUGGAAGCACGAGAGAAGGUGCUUGAACGUGAGCAUCCUGACACGCUCAGCAGUGUCAACAACCUUGGCCGUGUGCUCUCCAGCCAAGGAAAAUAUGAAGAGGCGGAAGCGAUGCAUCGACGGGCGUUGGAAGCACGAGAGAAGGUGCUUGGAGGCGAGCAUCCUGGGACGCUCGCCAGGGUCGGUAACAUUGGCUCUGUGCUCUCCAGGCAAGGGAAAUAUGAAGAGGCGGAAGCGAUGCAUCGACGGGCGUUGGAAGCACGAGAGAAGGUGCUUGGAGGCGAGCAUCCUGACACGCUCAGCAGUGUCGGUAACCUUGGCCGUGUGCUCUCCAGGCAAGGUAAAUAUGAAGAGGCAGAAGCGAUGCAUCGACGGGCACUAGAAUGA